AUGUCGGAUCCUUCCGCGAAAGGUGAAAUCCGUGAGAAGAAGGUCAAGCUGAGCGUCUGGUGGGGAGUUCAUGGAAUCUACUGUUUCAAACUGCUGCCGGACAAAACGACAGUUACUGUCGAGGUCUACUGCGCUCAGCUGCAAAGACUGGCCGACAAGAUCCGCAAGGAGCACCUGAAGACUUCCCAGAAGAUUGAGGAGCUCGGAUUGGAAGUUCUACCGCACCCACCGUACAGCCCGGACCUGGCCUCCGAGCGACUACCACCUCUUUCGAUCGCUUUAACAUCACCUGGAAGAGAAGCGCUACGAUGA